GUAAACAAGCAACCAGGUGUAAUCAAAAUGUGGUUCUAUCUAAUCGCAUUGGCGAUGACCUUGGCGGUGGUCUGGGUGCGCAAGCGGUAUUCCUACUGGAAAGAUCGAGGAAUUCCGUACGUGGAACCAAGCUUCCCGGCGGGUAACAUCCGUGGAAUGGGACGUACGAAGCAUCUUUCGGCCCAAAUGCAAAGCUGCUACCAGGAACUUAAGGGACAAGGGCCAGUCGGUGGUAUCUUUUUCUUUAUCAACCCGGUAGCCAUAGCAUUGGAUUUGGAGUUCAUCAAGACUGCUUUGGUGAAAGAUUUCCAGUACUUCCAUGAUCGAUCGGUUUACUACAACGAAAAAGACGAUCCCCUUUCUGCACAUCUCUUCACGAUGGAGGGUACCAAGUGGAAGAAUCUGCGGGCCAAGUUGACUCCGACGUUCACUUCGGGGAAGAUGAAAAUGAUGUUCCCGACCAUCAUUGGAGUGGCUGACGAGUUCCAAAAGCUCAUGAGUAAGGAAGUUGCAACCAACGGUGAAAUCGAGAUGAAGGAGAUUCUUGCACGAUUCACAACCGAUGUGAUUGGUAGCUGCGCAUUUGGGUUGGAGUGCAACAGUUUGCACGAUCCGGACGCUCAGUUCAGACGAAUGGGCAAGAAGAUAUUCUCGUUUGCCAACGGAAGGUUUAUAAAAGCCGUGCUAGCGCAGCAGUUCCGUUCCUUGGCCCGCACGCUUCGCAUCUCUCUUGUUGAUACGGAAGUUUCGGAGUUUUUCAUGAACGCAGUGAAAGACACUGUCAAAUUUCGGGAGGAGAACAAAAUUGAACGCAACGACUUUAUGAGUUUGCUGAUGAAGCUAAAGAAUGACGAUACUGCAAAUGGAAUGGAGGCUUUAACAAUCGAGCAAAUUGCUGCCCAGGCGUUCGUGUUUUUCUUGGCUGGUUUCGAAACGUCUUCCACCACGAUGUCGUAUUGUUUGUACGAGCUAGCACAGAGUGCCGAACUUCAAGACAAGGCACGCAAAAAUGUCUUAGACUCAAUCAAGAAGCAUGGAUCCUUGACCUACGAAGCAAUGCAGGAUAUGCACUACAUCGACCAGUGCAUCAACGAAUCCCUUCGCAAAUACCCCGUGGUAUCCAGCCUGACUCGUUCCGUAUCCAAGGACUACAAACUUCCCAACAGCAGCGUCAUCCUGCCGCAAGGAACCACUCUAAUCAUCCCCGUUUACGCCCUUCACCACGAUCCGGAAUACUACUCCGAUCCGGAACGGUACGACCCGGAUCGUUUCACAAAGGACCAGGUGGCCAAACGGAACCCGUACUGCUUCAUACCGUUCGGCGAAGGUCCCCGUAAUUGCAUCGGUUUGCGCUUCGGAAUGAUGCAGGCUCGGGUUGGGUUGGCGUAUCUGCUGAAGGACUACCGCUUUACAUUGUCCAGCAAGACGCCGGUGCCGGUGAAAAUCUCCCCCCGAAGCCCGGUUCUCUCGUCCGAAGGUGGACUGUGGUUGCAAGUGGAGAAGAUAGUGAGUUGAA